AACGUCAAAAUUAAAAAACAGCUCAGUUCAAAUUCGUCGUCUAACGGGAUACUAUUUUGUGAAAUAAAAAAAAAAUUUGAAAAAUUAAAAAAGUGUCUGCGAUGGCCGAGGAGGUAGAAGUGGAGGAGACUGAGGACUUCCAUGACCUGGACGAGUUCAAUGACGACGAGGCAGCCGCCAGUCUUGUCAGAGAGGAACGAUUCACAGUCAAGAAGUGGGUGGCCCAUGCAUUGUGGUCAUGGGAUGUCGCUGUCGAUAAUUGCGCCAUUUGCCGGAAUCAUAUUAUGAACCUGUGCAUCGAGUGCCAGGCGGAUCCGAAUGCCAACAAGGAUGAGUGCACAGUGGCAUGGGGCGAGUGCAACCAUGCCUUCCACUACCAUUGUAUCGCCCGUUGGCUGAAAACUCGUCUCGUCUGCCCGCUGGAUAAUAAGGAGUGGGUGUACCAGAAGUACGGCCACUAGGCAAGGACUCUUCUUGGAUCUAAUCUGCCUACAGUACAUUUGGAAUAACAUGUUAUAUUUUGAAUAUAGUCUAAAUUAUAAGUUACAAGA